GAUGAACGAACCGGGAGCGGAUAUUGCUGACAGCGCGGUGCGGAUCGGUCGGCGGAACCGGGAGCUCUGUCAUCCCUGUGAGAGAACCGACGCUUCGGGUCGCUGAUGAUCCAAACGCUGGAUCUCGCGUCUGCCGGGCACAGCUGCUUCAGCCAGACUUGACGACCGGGAUUUAACAGUCGGUUGAUCGGUUCGGUCGGUGACUGAGGGAUAGACAAGCACACAGAUCCCCCUCACACGGGGGACGGUCUAGAUCCCUUUUAUUUCGGUCUCUCCCCGGUUUAACGGCUGCAGAUGGGGGGUAAGCAGAGCACGGCGGGUCGGCCGCGGCCCCCGUUUCCUGGCGUCUCGACGGACGACAGUGCGGUGCCGCCCUCGGCCCAUUUCGGUCAUUACCGGGCGGCCGGGACGAUGGGGCUGCGCAGCCGCUCGGUGAGCUCGGUGGCGGGCAUGGGCAUGGAGCAUAACGGCGCAGUACCGUUCGGCUUCUACGCCGCCGCGACUGCCGGCACGCAGGCUGCUCCGCCCCGAACCACCGAGCCACUGGACCGGGCCGCGGCGGUACAAGGAUCAGGCUCGGACCCGGCGCGCCCCCAUGGAUACCGAGACACCGGCGGGGGCGGAGACGGGCGACAGACAGACGGAGUGCUGUAUCUGGGCUCUAGGGGGUCUCUGGCGGACACGCUGCCCCUCCAUAUCGCUCCCCGCUGGUUCAGUGCACACAGUGGUUUUAAGUGCCCCGUUUGCUCCAAGUCGGUGGCGUCCAAUGAGAUGGAGGUUCAUUUCAUCAUGUGUCUGAGUAAACCCCGUCUGUCCUAUAACGACGACGUGUUGGCGAAGGAUGCAGGCGAGUGUGUGAUCUGUCUGGAGGAGCUGCAGCAGGGAGACACCAUCGCCAGACUGCCGUGCCUCUGUAUCUAUCACAAAAGCUGUAUAGACUCGUGGUUUGAGAUCAACCGGUCCUGUCCCGAGCAUCCUUCAGACUGACCUCUGUUCCUCCUAACUACUGCUGAGAAAGGGCACUUUAAUAACCUGCACCUGGCUAUCUGGACGCUGACAUAACCAAAUAAAUCAAUCAACCCUAUUUAUCGAUUCGAUCAACCCUGCGGAGAUCGGCGAGAGGAACCAAACAGAAGAAUAGAACGUUCGCUUCCACACGUGUCCCACAGUUCCCCUGCCUGACCAUGCUAACCGCUGAGCUCCCCUCAUCCGAGCGCCCGUCAUUGGAUCUCUGUCUUCUGGAGUGUCGAUUCUUCAGGAUUCUUCUGUGCUUGUCUGAUGUUCCUGUCGAAGACGAGUGCUGCUGAUGGGACGAAGCGUUCAGCUAGACAGCCGGGGUGGCUGCUUGUGCAUCGUGUUGUCCUCAUUUGGGAAAUAGGGUGUGGCAUGGGGGCGGGAUUAGGUGUUAGGUGUAGAAACACACCUGGAUAAUGAGGGGUGUGUGUGUAUUUGUGCGCCAAAGCUGACUGUGUGUGUGUGUGUGUGUGUUGAGUUUACAUUUUGCUGUGCUGUGAACAUUUCAAUCAGUGUGUGGAAGUGUGUGUGGAAGUGUGUGUGUGGAAGUGUGUGUGUGCGUGCGUGCAUACAAGAGUGGACACUGGGAAUAUAAAGAGGUGAAAGUGUGGGGUCUGUUAAAUGUUUACAGGAUUUUAUGUUCCUCCUUAAGUCAAAAGGAAAACACAGUUUACUUAUUUUUCAUCAUCAUACUGCGCUAGUCAUUACAGUCCCCUGUGUGUGUGUGUGUGUGUGUGUUGUGCAAAAGUGUCUGAAAAGCUGCUUCACGUCUGGAUGUGGACCGUCGGACGGACCGGUUUGAACUUGUUGCGACAUACGAUCUUCCUCUCCUUUUUUCCUUACAAUCCCGUGAGCGAAGUCUCACAACGAAGACUUUUAAAGGCCUCUGCUGUAUAAAGAACAUCCACUAUUAGACAUGUGAGAAUCAUAAUGUAAAAAACUGAUAAGUUCUAUUCUGUUCGAAACAGAGCUGACUGAAAAGGGCUCAAAGCUGGACAAAGGGGCGGGACCAUGCUAACCCAGCGGUCGGGUGGAUAUCCCCGUCCCGGGAGUCAGAAGAUGUUUGGUAGAUGGACUCGUGCUUCAUGUUGUCGUCGUUGGGAAAUUGAAUUGACGCUGAAGUUGAGAAUGAAAUCCUCUGGGAAAGCUGUCAGUCUGCUUUCCUUUAUUUCAUGUUUUUAUAUGUUCAUGUUUUUUUUUUCUGAGGAUGUGAACUGAUGGCUGUUUUAGGAUGUACAAACUUAACUGUCUGAUGACUUUAAUGUGCACUCUGUGGGCCGAGUAAUAAUGAUAAUGAUAUAUAAAAUAAAAUAAAAAGACAUGUACAAAGUCA